AUGGCCACUUCUGCCUACAAAUACCCAGGUCUGAACCUGCCUCUGCGGUACCUCCCGCCAGGGCAGACGGGAUACGCUAUUUGCUUCCCAGCAGGUGAUUAUGGAGGGGGUAUCAAUCCGUACUUGGUGCGAGAAGUGGCCAUGAUGCAAAUCAUGGAGCAGCUCACGGAUAAGCAAGGCUGGGAGCGCAAGGUUUUUGACCAGGAGAUUGUAGACAAAUGGCGAAAAGAAGCUUUGGAAAUUCCGGACCAGCACUGGUGGAUGCAGAUUGCUCAGGACCCCGAGGACCGAGAAGUUCCAGCUGGAAUCAUCAAUGGGUCGACAUUUGACUACUGCAUCGAAGAGCUGAGGGAAAAGGCCAAGUACUUUUCAGAAACGGGAAUUAUCCCUGGUCUUGACUUUGCAGCAUCCAUCGCUAAGUCAGACACUCUAGUUGACGAUAAUCUCAAGCUUGAGCUUAGGUCCGCUGUUCAGGAACUGAAAGCACAUCAGGCUUCGUCGCCGGACUGGCACCCUUGGUCAAACGACAUGGUGCAGGACCUCGUGCACCCAUCCUUGUAUCCGUUGGUGUACGGAAGGUCCAGGGUGUUUGAGGACGAAGUAGUAGGGGUUGAAGAUGUAGUCGAGAAAUGGGCCGGAAAAGGCGAAAUCAUCUUUGCCAAAAAGGAAGAAAAGAAGCCGAAUACAUGGGAUGCUGAACAUCAUCUCGAGGAACUCUGGUCCGACACAUACCAGUGGCUUCCCAGCAAUCUUUCGUUCCAGGAUGACGGAAGUCUCCGCUUCACCAGCUAUGUCAACAACCUACACCCCAAAAGACAUGCUGGAAUAUACAGGACUCUGGAGAAGCUUAUUGCAAAGGCGGUUCCUUUGUGGGAGCAAUGCUUGGUUCUGAAAGAUGAUUUCCCCCAAGGACGAGUUGGGAUUUGCCCAGGGAAACGGCCGGCUCGCAUCCCAGAGUCUCGAAACCCCGAUGAUUCACACGGACCAAACUGGAUCCCCAGUGACGUGACCGAAGUAGCAGACAUUGACGUUGACCCGAAGCUACUGGAGGAUGAGGAAUGGGUAGAGAACGAGCUAUUACCUAAGUGGGCUUCCCUAUGAAAACCCGUGCAUCCCGAGCCAUCGCCUUUCCUUGCCCGCAGCUAUAAGGUGCACGAAGAAAUGCGACUGGCCAAUAAAUUCGCCAAAUCUGGAUUGCAAGUUAUCGUCAAGAUUGUAUCGAUUGAGCUUGACCCCGAAAAGCCCAAAUUUGCCGCUGGAUCGUGGCAUGUAAGUCUUUCCAGCGCCCCAAGAUGGAUUCAUGGCACAGAAAAAUUAUCUUCUACUAAACCAAACCCCUCCUUGCCUGUAGGUUGAAGGUCUGCUAAACGAAAGGAUCUGUGCGACGGCCUUGUAUUAUCUCGACAGCGACAAUGUAACCGAGAGCAGCCUGUCCUUCCAGAUGCAAACCAACUAUGACAUCAAUGGAGAACCUGGUUUCGCAGUCGGCCAGGAUUCAUACUGUUGGCUUGAAAGCGUUAUCGGGGCCAAUCUGGGUGUAGGGAACGCAUCAGCUUGCAUUCAGACCUGCGGUACCGUCACAACUGGCCAGGGUCGACUUCUCGCGUUUCCAAAUACUUUGUAAGUAUUCAUGGAGGAGCGGCACCAUGAUGGGCCUGUAACUAAAGGCCUUUUUGUUCGUUGUUGAGCACAAGACUGACAAUUCUCAAUUCCCAUCCCCUCUUAGCCAGCACGCAGUCUCUCCCUUUGAACUGGAAGAUAAGACAAAGCCCGGCCACCGUCGCUUCGUUGCGCUAUGGCUGGUUGACCCUCAUGUGAGAAUCCUGUCCACGGCCAACGUCCCGCCCCAGCAGCAGUCGUGGUGGGUUGAAUCAAUCCUGGGCAAAAGUCAGGCAGAGCGGGAGGCAGCAGCAGCAGCAGCAAAGCUACCCCCGGAGAUACUCGGAUCGCUGCGAGAGGCCGGCGUCCUUGGCUGCCAUGACCAGGCCACGCCCGAUGGGAAUGAUCAGGGAAACGCGGCGACGUUACCGGAGGAGGUCGUCCGCAUGUUACACGACCACCCGGCAGCUAGAGGCCUGAUGAGCGAAGCCGAGGCGCAGGAGCACAGACUUAGGCUGAUGAAUGAACGGACCCGGAUUGAAAGCAAUGAGGAAUGGCAUUGUUCAUAUUGUUUCUGUGAGCAUUGAGAUGUCGCUGGUUGGAUUUCAAUGCAGCUGGGUAUCGCUUCAGAACAAAUGACAUGUGUUGUUGUUUUAGUUGGAAUAGUGGGACGCUGAAAACACCGUCUCACCUUCCUCCACAUGUAUAUCUUCACAUGUCCUGAGUACAGAGAAAACCAGGUGGAAUAAUUCAAGGUGACUGGUUCGUGAUAAAAUUUUGUAUUACUGUUAGACGCGACAUAUCGCAUCCGAGACAGUUACAGUAAGGUAGGUAAUAUUAG